AUGAAGUUCUCCGAGAGCAUCCUGCUGGGCAUGGCCCUCCCCGCCGUGAGCAACACCACCACCGUUGCGAGCACCGAUACCAACACUGCGACCGAGUCUGCCACCAGCAGCACGGAGCUCACCACCUCUGACGAGCCCACUUCCACUGGGACCGGCACCUCCUCCAGUGGCAGCAGCUCCACCGCCACCGUCACUGGAAGGGCCCCCAACCCCACCGCCGUCGGCGGGUUCGUCGACCUCGGCUGCGCUGGUCCUGGUAGCGACUCGGAGGAGUUCACGCUCAGGUACAGCGCAGCAACCAACGAUAUCGAAGAAUGCGCCGCCUCUUGCCAAGAUGCUGCUUACUUCGGUGUCCACGAUGCCGACUGCUACUGUGCCGACUCUGGCAACCAGAGUGACAACCUUGUCGAUGAUGCCCAAUGCGACAUUCCUUGCCCCGGCAACGCCGAACAGACCUGUGGUGGUGAUGCUGUCGUCGGUCGUCGUGCCCUCCCUGGCGGCAUCUAUAUCAACCUCUACAUUCGCGCCGACAUCCAGGACCCCACCACCGUCACGGUCCCCGUUACCGAGACCACUACUUUCACAACCACUGACACUACUACCAUUGUCACCUGCCCCAGCACUGGUUUCUGCUCCACCUCCACCAAGACGGAUACCAAGACCAUCACCACCACCUACUGCCCCGAUGACUGCGAGGCCCCCGGCCCUCCUUCUCCUCCUAAGCCUCACCCCAAGCCCCCUCAGCACGGUGGUGGCAACGGUGGCAACGGCGGCAAUGGUGGUAACGGUGGUAACGGCGGUCACGGUGGUGGUCACGGCGGCAACGGUGGUAACGGAGGCAACGGCGGCAACGGUGGAAACGGCGGUGGCAACGGUGGCAACGGUGGCCACGGAGGCAACGGAGGCAACGGUGGUAACGGUGGCGGCAACGGUGGCAACGGAGGCAACGGCGGCAACGGAGGCAAUGGCGGCAACGGCGGCGGCAACGGCGGCGGCAACGGAGGCAACGGCGGCAACGGUGGCAACGGUGGCAACGGCGGCUCUGGCUCUGGUGCUGGCGGCUCCGGCUCCGGCUCCGGCUCUGGCUCUGGCUCUGGCUCUGGCUCCGGCGCUGGUGGCUCUGGCUCUGGCUCUGGUGCCGGUGGCUCUGGUUCCGGCUCCGGCGCUGGUGGCUCCGGCUCCGGCUCCGGCUCCGAUGGCGGCUCCGGCGGCUUCGUCACUGCCGGUGCUGGCAAGACUAUCUUCGGCGCUGGUGCUCUUGCCCUCGCCCUGGCUCUUGCCUUCUAA